GGUUUUUGCGCCAUUGAAAAGUCAAGACAGGAAUAAAGGGGUGGGGUGGGAGCCUUUCUUUCGCGUCUGCAGGCGAAUUCUUUCCGAUACUUGAAGCAUCACAAACAGAUCUCUAUGGGAUGUCUCGGACCGCUGGCUCUUUCUGACAUCUAGUCCCCUGAAUACCCCAGCCCACCAGACUGACACUGUCACAGCGGUAGGGCCUCCACCAGCCGUGACACUGUUCAAGUGACGAGUCAAAACCGAGACUGGAUUAACCGGUGGUUAAUUGCGAGUGAAUUCAGUGGAUUAUCUUUCUUUGUGGGACUAAAAAUGAAACUUUGGUCAGCAAAUGUAUUAGCUACGAUAGCCGCUAUCAGUUUACUGCUAGCAGUGACCAGUGGUCAACCGAAAGCUAAGCCAAACAAUGGGAAGAAAAGGCUUAGAGAAAAUGUCGCUCGUAGGGAUAAAAACACCGCCAACAGCAAAAAGGCCAAUGUUAAAAAAGCCCCAGCUGCAGCCGGAUCCCAGCUCAAUAAAAAGGCCACAGCUCCAGCUCUUGAAGGCUGUGAGGAGAUAUUCUUACCGAUGUGCAAGGGAUUGGUACCUUACACUCAUACUAAACUCCCCAACCAGUUCAAUCAUAGCACGCAGCUGGAGGUCUACAGGCACAUGGAGCAUCUCUGGGCCUACAUGGACCACUCUUGCUCCAGGAACCUCAGGCUGGUGGCCUGCUCCCUGUACCUGCCCAAAUGCCAGGGUAAGCAGCCUCCCUUGGGGCCAUGCAAGGCCACUUGCGUCAGGGCCAAAAAGAAGUGUGCCCAGCCACUGAAAGAUUACAUGGCGCUGGACUGGGACAAGAAGUUCGACUGUACAACUUUACCAAACAAACGCUGCUUAAAGGCCGUGAAGGACGAAGAGUGUAUCGACGAGUACCCGACCUGUGCGUCCAACUCGAAUAUUAAAGUCUGCACUGGUCUUAGCAUAAGUCAAGGAGCACUGCCUAAUAUGUUUGGCCAGUGUAAAGUUGACGAAAUCAACAUGGAGACAUCUCAGUUUGAGAAGCUAAUAGCCACGAACUGUCACUCUGGGCUCAAGUUUCUACUCUGUGGAGUUUAUUCCCCUUUCUGUGUCCGGAAUGCCGCGACGGACAUUCCUUUCACUUUCCCUUGCAAAGAGAUUUGUGAAGAGGUCAGAAAGUCAUGUGAGCCCCACUACCGGAAGCUGUACCACCAACUGCCCUGGCCGAACAAGCUACAGUGUCACCGCUAUCCCUCAGCCGCCAGCAGUGACACGACGUGCGUCAUGCCAACUGACCCAAUGACUUUCUAAUGGCGCAACUUCAAACAUUAACUCUAGGCGGAAGAGUGUGUGUUUUUUUUUGUUACACAUGUGUAGAUGCGAGACCAGCCGUUCUAGAAGGCCUCAACACUGAACUGCAACGUCACAACAUGUGGGCAGUGGAGACCAAUAGCUCAUUGCCACGUCGUACACAACUGUGUCGUGGCAACGAGCUAUUGGUCCCCAGUGCUCACAGGUUUCGAGGUUGAAGGUUAGCGUUCAGGCCUUUUAUGAGGAAUGGUCUUGGUAGAUGUAGUUAAGAGUCCAACAUUGCCUAAGUUCUACAUUUAGGACGGUUUCUUUACGUUUAUCAAAUUCCUAUGUCAACGCUGAAUUCACUGGAAAAGUGUUGGGGACAUAAAGCAGUUUAUGUUUUCUUAUUAUUAAUGUCUAUAUCGAGGCUUGAAUAAACUCUUCUUUAACACAAAAAAAACAACGUGCAAGACUAUAUGUA